GUGCUAAAACGCGUGAUGUCAACACAAAGCAUAUCUUCACAGUUCUCAGCAGAAGAGUUUCAAGUUGCGCAGAUUUUUUUGCGAGAUUUUGAGAAAUCCGGAAUUCAUCUUCCUUCUUCAGAACGGGAACAAUUUGUACGAUUGUCCGACAAGGUUAUUACGCUAGGCCGUAAAUUUACCCAUAAUCUACAGCCCAAUUCAAAUGAUUAUAUUGAAGUUGAUGUCUCACUUCUUGAUGGAUUGAAAACAAAAUUCCCCACAACUAGCAAGAGUAAUGUUGUUAAAAUAUCAACAAAGACAUGGGAGGUUCCGAUGAUCAUGAAACAAGUGAAAAAUGAAGAGGUCAGAGAAUCAAUAUAUAUUGCUUCGAAUUCAGCAACGAAGGAACACGUUGAAUUGCUAGAAGAUUUAUUAAGAACGAGGGGAGAAAUAGCAAAAUUACUUGGGAUGGAAAGUUAUAGUCAACUUUUUUUAAUGGAUAAGAUGGUAAAAAAUCCAGAAAAUGUGCAAACAUUUUUGCAUUCGCUUGCUGAUCAUCACCGGCCAAAGGCUCUUGCUGAUCUAAGACUUUUGCAAGAAGCGAAAAUGAAAUACACACAAGGUAAAAAAUCACCAACCAUAUAUGCAUGGGACCGAGAUUUCUAUAUCGAAAAAGUUAGAUUAAAAUCAUCGACUCAAUCAGUGGCACCUAUUUCACAGUUUUUUUCUGUGGGCUCGGUUAUACAAGGUUUGUCCAAGUUAUUCUCGCGACUGUAUGGCAUAUCUUUUGAGCCUGCUGAUAUAUGGCCAGGAGAAGUUUGGCAUGAGGAUGUACGUAAGCUUGAUGUAAUUGAUGAAAGUGAAGGAAAGAUAGGAACUAUAUACUGUGAUCUGUUUAGUCGUUUUGGAAAAUAUCAAAAUGCCGCACACUACACAGUAAGAUGUUCCCGACGUGUUGAUGAUGAUGAUGGAAUAAACGACAUUCCAUCUGGAAUCGAUCCGAUAGAUCUAGGAGAACUGGCAACUUCGAACGAAGGCGAAACGAUAAAAGGUAGGGCCGGUCGUUAUCAACUUCCAGUAGUAGUGCUUGUAUGCGAUUUUGGGAAGCCGAAAAAUUCAAAAAAUCCUAGUUUGUUGAGUUGGGUGGAAGUUGAGACCUUAUUCCAUGAAAUGGGUCAUGCAAUGCAUUCAAUGAUUGGGCGCACUGAUUUUCACAAUGUGUCUGGUACGAGAUGCCCUACGGACUUUGUAGAAUUGCCGUCCAUAUUAAUGGAGCAUUUUGUACAUUCCCCCAGUGUACUUUCACUUUUUGCAAAACACUUUGAGACACGUGCACCAAUACCAUUGGAUCUUAUCUAUUCGCAUCGUAAUGCGCGUUCCCAAUUUUCCGCGAUGGAAACCCAGCAUCAAAUAUUAAUGGCACUAUUGGAUCAGUUAUACCACUCUAAUCUUGCAAAUUCUCCCAAAUUCGAUACCACAGCCAUUUUAGCAAAUCUACAAGAUACUGUGGGAUUGUAUCCAUCAGUGCCUGGAACUGCAUGGCAAGUACAAUUCGGACAUUUAUAUAGCUAUGGUGCUACAUAUUACAGUUAUCUUUUCUGCAGAGUAUUGGCUGGUAAAAUAUGGCAAAACACAUUUGAAAAGGACCCUUUAAGUAGAGAGGCAGGAGGAAAGUUCAGAGAGGAGGUUUUAAGGUGGGGUGGUUCAAGGGAUCCAUGGAAUUGUAUUGGUGAGGUUUUAAAAGAUGAAAGAAUCAUGGCCGGUGAUAACAAGUCUGUCUCCAUUGUUGGUGAAUGGGUUGAUUACCUAUAA